AUGUCUUCCAAGGAUCACCGGCCAAGAGAACGCAGCCUGGACAGAAGAGAUAGGGACAGGGACAGGGACAGGAGGGACAGAGACCGCGGUGGAUUCAGAGAUACGCGAGACGACCGUGGUCCCCGUCGGGACGACCGCGACCGCCGAAGGAGCCGUUCUCGCAGCCCUCCUCGGCGAGGCGACGGGCGGGGUGUAUCAGAUCGAAGAGACUACGUACGAGAUAGAGACGACAGGCGGGACGACCGCAGGCGAGACGAUAGACGCGAAUACGACCGCGACCGUCGACGCGAACCGCCCCCUCCUUCUCGACGGAACGAUGACCAACCUCGUGACAUAGGCAAGGAGCCCCGGAGGGAUGAUCGUCGGCCACAAGCUCUGAAUGGUAAGGAGCCGGAGUCAAGAUCUGCGACCUCGUCCGUUCCUCCGUCCACCGGCACACCCGCUCCUGGCGCAGAAGAGGGCGAGGAAGGCGAAGCGAUGGACGCCACGAACGACGACGAAGAGGCGAUGAUGGCAGCCAUGGGGCUCACGGGAUUCGGGACUACCAAGGGUAAACACGUCGAAGGCAACCAGGAAGGUGCCGUCGACAUCAAGAAGAUGCGUACUUGGCGACAAUACAUGAAUCGUCGCGGAGGUUUCAACAGGCCCCUCGACAAGAUCAAGUAG